UAUCGCGCUCAGCCUCUCGCGCUCUCUCUCUCAUUCCGGCUCGAGCGGAGUGCCAUGCGAACGCGUGCUUUUUCACGUGCCAACCUCGCGUGCGCUCGAAGCGUCAGACCCCGCCGAGAUGCGGGAGGUCUAACGGGCACUGUACUUGAACCAAAACCGGUGUUUGGAGGUUCUCCUGUGGAUUGUUGGUAAAUGUUCCUGCCCCAACCUCUGACGACCAUGCUUUAUUUCCAGCUGGUGAUCAUGGCGGGCACGGUCAUGCUGGCGUACUACUUUGAGUACACUGACACGUUCAACGUGCAUGUUCAGGGCUUCUUCUGCUACGAGACCGCCUACACGAAACCUUACCUCGGACCCGAGGAUACGAGUGCGAUUCCGCCCGCCCUGCUCUACGCGGUGGUCACUGGAGUCCCCACACUGGUGAUCACUGUGACAGAGACUGUGUUGUUUUUGAUAAAGUACACAUCGAAAGACCUUGACAGUCGUGAGAAGACCAUUGUGAACGGGGACUGCUGUUACCUCAACCCAUUAGUGCGGAGGAAUUUCCGUUUCCUUGGUGUGUACAUGUUUGGUCUUUUCACAACGGACAUCUUCGUGAACGCCGGUCAGGUAGUGACGGGGAACCUUGCCCCACAUUUCCUGACAGUGUGUAAGCCCAACUACACGGCUCUGGGGUGCCAGCAGGCUCUGCGUUAUAUCAGCCAUCAGGAAGCCUGUACCGGUAAUGAAGACGAUAUCCUGCGAGCCCGCAAGACUUUCCCUUCCAAAGAGGCGGCUCUCAGCGUGUACGCUGCCGUUUAUCUGGCUAUGUACAUCACAUUUACAGUGAAAGCCAAAGGAACUCGUCUGGCUAAACCAGCUAUGUCUUUGGGCCUGAUGUGCCUGGCCUUUCUCACGGGUAUAAACAGGGUGGCAGAGUACCGUAACCACUGGUCAGAUGUCAUCGCCGGGUUCAUCAUUGGAGUUGCCAUUGCCACCUUUUUAGUUGUGUGCGUGGUUCACAACUUCAAAGGAAAACAGCUUCUGAAUGAGGACCCCCCACAGGACCACCCAAGUAACAAUCCCAUGGUCAGCUCGCCCAGGAUGGAGAGUCCACUGGAGAAGUACAUCACCUCACAGAAUCACAUCGCCUUUGCUGAGAUCACGUGACCUUGAGUCGCCGGUGUGGCAGACACACUGGACAUCAACGCUGUUUACCGUCCAGUCCCAAUAAUCUCGGCUCAACGCUAAUGCAGUGCUCAUUCUCUAUGGUGUCAUUUUGGACUUAGUGUAUGUGUGUGUGUGUGCGUGGAAAUGAUUGUCCUGUCAACUGUUACCAUAACGCAGCUAAUGACUGAAGCUACACUAUACCUUUUCAUGCCUGGUUGUUUUUGCUUACAAUUAGAGCAUUCUGCAAGAACGUCUUGUGUGUAUCUGGAGAGCAUGUGUGUGUUUGAGUUUUGGAGGAUUAUUUGGCAGAUUCAUGCUAAUAUCCACCUCCGAAAUUCAAAAUGGACUAAACCUAAAUAUGUUGAUAUGUGUUUUCUUUGUCAUGCAUAUGUAUAUAUUCCAGAAAAAAGUGUUAAUUCCUGCAUUCAUUUGUUUCUCUUUUAGUGCUUACAUUGAACAAGUACACAUGCAAAUACACAGUGCCCUCAAUCUAAUAUCAGCUAAGGUAUAACAUUUGAAAAGAUUUGUGUGGAAAGCUCACAUCAACAGUAACACUUAACAAUAAGGUUGUAUACGUUAAUGCAAAAGUUAACAUGAACUAACAAUAAAUAAUAUUCAGCAUUUAUUAAUCUUGGAUAAUAUUAAUUUCUACUUAUGCUAUAAACAUUUUUAUUUUAUAGCCAUAAUAAUAAUAUUUUAAUUCAAGUUAUGGUUAACCUUAUUGAGAAACUUAUUGUUAAGUAUUACCUAAAAACUUGGACCAAAUUUCAUGAUAAACCCUAGAAAAACUGUACAGCCAACACAACGCAGUACUGGCCUCACAAAUUCAGUUCCAAAUACAUUGGUUAGAUAAUUCAUGGGCCGUGACUCAAUUUAACACACUGGGCAAUAACAUUCAAGCUAUCUGUAAACCCUACAGAGUUUAGAUCAGUCUGCUGUGAAGGGUACGUCAUCUGCAAAGACAAUCAUUAGGCAUCUCACUAGAAUAAUGGGUCAGUUCUGAUGGGUCCAUUUAACCCAAGCUCAAUAUAAUAGCAAUACUCUUAUAGGCAUUUGUUUCUCACAGUAGUUCAUUCCUUUUUUAAGGCCAGCAUAUCUUAAAUAUUUUACAGUAGAUCUAUAUCAUAACCUUUGAUGAGAAAGUCAUCCUAACCUAGGACGAAUUGAAUCAGAAAGCCACCUUUCCUCCUGUGAUAUUUAAAACAAACAGUGAUGCCUCAUGUGGAAUGAAGAUCACGGUGGAUAUACUGUA